UUCUCGAGCAGAGAAUGCACGUAAUCAGGCGUGCAAAGUCCAAGGCGAUGUUCCUCCCGGGAAGUCCGUACCAGCUAGAGCUCGAGGAGGCAGAAAAGAAGCUACGAUCGAUCGAAGAGGUCACCGCUUACACCCAGAUGCUCCGAUCGUGUCGCGACUCGACCCAAGCGAGAGAAAUCCACGCAGACAUCACAAGAUCCGAGCACGCCCACAACACAUUCCUCGCCAAUCUCACCGUGGAGAUGUACGGCAAGUGCGCCGAGCUUGAUCUCGCCCGCGAGGCGUUUGAUCGGAUUUUUCAGCCGAAUCUUUACUCCGCGACCAUCAUGCUCGACGCAUAUGCCCACAACGGGCAUAUGCUUCAAGCCCAGCGGAUAUUCGACGCCAUGGAGGUUCGCAAUGUGGUCGCCUGGACGGCCAUGGUAUCUGGAUAUUCUCGUUCAGGGCAUCUUGCCCAAGCUAGGUGCGUGUUUGAUAGAAUGCCGUACAGGAAUGUGGUCACGUGGAACGCCAUGUUGGCGGCAUAUUCGGCGGACUCGGAUCUUUUCGCGAUGGAGUGCUUGUACGGGAAUCUUGCAUCUGUCGAAAAAACACUUGAUACCAUGAAAAAAAGGGACGUAUUUACGUGGAAUGGAUUAAUCCUUGCGUGUAGCACUUCUUGGCACAUCCAGGAAGCAAAGCGGAUAUUCGAGCUAAUGCCAAAGAGGGAUCUAAUAUCGUAUAAUACCGUGCUUACGGCAUAUGCCCAGUUUGGGCAUCUUGACGAGAUUCACGAGUUGUUUGUGACGAUGCCAAGCCGGGACGUUGCCACGUGGACGGCCCUGAUCGCGGCGUACGGGCAGGCCGGUUACGCGAGGGACGCAUCUGAAGCGUUCAAUCGCAUGCCUGUGCACGACAUCGUCGCAUCUAACGCUCUCCUUCAUGCAUUUGCCCAGAACGGGCAUCUUGACGAGGGAGAAGCGUUCUUCAAUCGCUCGAGGGAUCGCAACGUCGCGACGAUCAACACGAUGAUCUCGGCGUACGCGAGCAGGGGCCGUUUGAUUCCGGCCAGGGCACUGUUCGAGGCGAUGCAUCAUCGCGACAUCGUGUCGUGGAACGCGAUGAUCAAGGGCAGCGCGCACAGCGGCGAGGGGCUGUGGGCGCUGGAGCUCUUCCGGGCGAUGGAGCUGGAGGGAUUUCGCGCGGACGAGACGACGAUGGUGGGCGUGCUCAUGGCGUGCGCUCGGGCGGGUCUCGUGGAAGACGCGCGGAUCUACUUCGCGGCCAUGGGCGAGGAUCGGCGAUUGCGCCGCCAGGAGGAGCACUACUGCUGUAUGAUCGAUGCGCUGGGGCGAUCCGGGCGCACUGGCGAGGCCGAGGAGCUCAUCGAUUCCAUGCCAUUCGAGCCGCGCGGAGUGGCGUGGUCGACGCUGCUGGCCGCGAGUAGAGCUCACGGCGAUGCUCGCCGGGCGGAUCGAGCAACGCGAUGCCUGGCGAAGCUAGAGAUCGCGGAUUCCAGCCCCGCGGUAAUCGAUCGAAUCGAGGAAGUGCCACUCCCGCCCAAGAAGCUCUAG